AUGCAGAAAGUAGACAAUGGAGAAGUCUAUCAGCGAAAAAGGACACAACAGCCCAACUAUUCCGAGGGUUUGACUGCAGUCAAUCAUCCAAGAUCCACUCCAGAACAAAGCAGUUGGAAGCGCAUCAUCUUACUCAUUCUUGCCAUCACCAUACACAACAUUCCAGAGGGCCUAGCGGUGGGAGUUGGCUUCGGCGCUAUCGGCAAGACUGUAUCUGCGACAUUUGAAAGUGCACGGAACUUAGCUAUUGGAAUUGGACUGCAGAACUUCCCAGAAGGUCUUGCUGUCAGUUUGCCAUUGCGAGGCGCAGGAGUUUCCACAUGGAAAGCGUUCUGGUACGGUCAGUUAAGUGGUAUGGUUGAGCCAGUGGCAGGAAUAUUUGGAGCCUUUGCUGUAGUUCUUGCCGAGCCUCUCCUCCCCUAUGCCUUGGCUUUUGCUGCUGGUGCCAUGGUUUAUGUUGUAAUCGAUGACAUUAUUCCUGAAGCUCAACUAAGUGGAAAUGGCAAAUUGGCAUCCUGGACCUCCAUCGCAGGGUUUGUCUUGAUGAUGUCGCUCGAUGUUGGCCUGAGCUAACCUCAAGAUUUAUUCUGCUGAAGAAAAUUAGUUUGGGAACAAUCAUUUUCUCCAUUUAGAAAAAAGAAGUUGCAUUUUCAUUUCAAAUCUAUUUGACGAAUCAUCAUGCAAAAUUUUAAUUUCAAGGUUGCUGCAAUUAACUUGGCUCUCACUGAGAAAUGAUAUUGACUUAGUGAAAUAUGUAGGCAGCUUCCAGUCUGGGGUUAUUGUUAACACUUGACUGUCCAGCAUCGUUGAUUGUUUGACACUUGUUCCUCGUUUGUGGGUUUCCCAACUUUUGAAUUCUUACUAUUUUUCUAGUGUGCGGUUUUGUUUCAGUCUGCAGCUUAUGGUCAUUCAAUUCUUGUUACCUCAGUGAAAGUAUCACGGCUAAACAUUCAUCAGUAUAAACCAAGGAGUCAGGUAAACUCGGGAUUCCGCUGUUUCCCACUGCAAAUUCUAUUAAUUCCACAUUGAAUUAUUAUAGUUCAUUUAGGAUCACCCAUUGAAAGAAGCUUAUCAUUAUGGUAUGUCAAAGCAUCAAAGGGACACUGUAUUAAGAAGAAAACAGGCAUGAUGACGUUUUGAAGAAUAUUACUUUCACUGUGGAAUAUGGAACAUAUGAUACCUUUGUUAUUUAUAUAUUUUGCAAAAAGAUUUAUCUGAAACACGUUAUCUGCUCUCUUGUAACAUGUUCAACUGUCUCACUCACAUCAGUCU